AUGGUUUCUAUUGGUGACAAUACUAUGGAUGCUGUUGUUCUCUUCUACAUAUUGUGCUCAGUGAAGGAUGUUGGUCAAGUGCUCAGGGAAGCGAAACGAGUUCUGAAAAAAGAUGGUACGGUCUAUGUCUUCCAGCAUAGCGAUGCUGAACCGAAGACGUGGAGAUACUUGUUGCAGAAGCUGAUCAACCCCAUCCACAAGGUUCUACUGAGCUGCGACUUGUUGAGGAAGUAUACAACAGAUUUUGAACAAGCUGGAUUCUCAGAUGUGGAUCUAAAGCAUGUGGAUGCUGCAUGUUUCAGAAUUGCCAUUCCAUAUCUUGUUCCACAUCUAAUUGGGACUUGCAGAAAAUAG